UUCGCCGUGUCAACAAGGAGGAAGGGAGCAGCGAGGGUUGAUGCGGAGAAACGGGUGAUCGGCGCUGUCCAGGCCCAGGCACGGCACACCAGGGGCGGGCACCGAGGCAGCGGCACCCAGCACACGGCACACACCCAGCACUAGCCAGCAGACGCCAAGCCAGCCACUGGUACGGCGGGGAAGGGAGAGAGUGUGAUGGGGGAGAUAGAGCUCGGAGCGGCCGCAGAGGCCACCAUCCAGGCCUACAAGGAGUUGGCCCAUGACCCCUCCAAGCGCCUCGCCCUUGCCCUGGACCGCACAUGCAUCCAGUUCCUGGCAUACGUGGUGGCGGAGGGCGAGGGGCUGCUGGUGGACUCAGCGGUGGAGACCCUGGCACUCAUCGCUGAGGCUAAGGAGUGCCGCUCCUCCCUGGCCAACACAUUCGGGGUGCUGGAGGCCCUGCAAAGUGUAACAGAGGACGAGGAGAGGUACAGCGAGGCCUUGAGAGAGAAGGCGGCAGGACUCUUCACAAGCCUACAGUUUGCCAAGCACGUCAAGACCACAGAGGCUACCAAACUACAGACCUCAUCGAGCGCCUCCACCUCCAACUCCACCGCCACCGACUCCUCCGCCAGCCAGGCCUCCCCAGCACACACUCCCACCUCCCCUGCUCCCUCCCCCACCCCAUCCAAGCAGGCAGAUAAGGUGGAUGGGCCAAAGAAAAGUGGGAGUGAGGUGGCAGAUGUGAGUGAGAGGAAGGUCAAACCCCCUGCCAAGGUUGAAAAUACACGAGAGAUGCAGGCCCAGGCAUCGGUGGAGAAGAGGGACAGUUUUCUGGGCAUCCACAACUCCAAGGCUAAGGUGGUGACCCUCUUCGUUAAGGGAAUGGUCAGCCCGGAGCAGCGCCAGCGGGUGGAGGAGGAGCUGGUGCGGGUGCGGGGGCUCAUCAGCAUUGUGUUUGACCUGGGUCACUCCCGGGUGACCUGCCGGGUGAAGCGCGACCUCUCGGUGGAGAAGCUGGCGGCGGCAGUGGCCAGGACGGAGACCCUCGCCGCGCAGCAGGUCACCACCAACGACAAGGGCGAGGAGGAGAUCAUCCCGCUAGGCCAGACGCCUGUAGACCCCGCCACCACCACCUCCCCUGUGGACGACCUGCCUGACUACCUGCCCGAGGAGGACUUCGGGGUGAAGGACGCCACCUCCGCCAUGGCCCCCAGUGGCUCCUUCAUGGAGGCCGCAUCCUCAUGGAUAUCCAGCGCCUCCAACCUCCUGCAGAAGUCCUUUUACUGGUGACCGAGUGUCCUGUAGGAUGGUGUUGAGGAUGUUGUGUGUAGGAUGGAGGUAAGGGCUUGCAGGAUGGGGUAAGUAUAAGGACGUGGAGGGUGUGUUCUUGCCACCAUAAGUUUCCUACAGAAGUCCUUCUCUGGUGACUGUCCUGUAGGAUGCAAUGGCCUCUUUGUAGGAUAUAGUAAAGGCUAGUAGGAUAUUUUGUGGGAUGGAGAUAGGGAUGUGUAUGAUGUCCUUGCUGCUUUUACUACUACAUACAAAAGUUCUAUUACUGGUGACCCAUGGUUGUGUAGGAUGCAGGUGAGGAUAAGGCGGUAGGAUGUUUUACCUCCUUUGCCUAUAGAAGUCUUUUAAUGGGUGGUCCAGUGUCCUGCAGGAUGCUGUCAUGUGUGAAGGGUAUUUUUUGUAGGAAAGGGCUAAGGAUAUGUAGUGAAACAAAGCUGUUUUUGUUUCUUCCUUUGCCUAUAGAAGUCAUUUAAUUGGUGGUCCAGUGCCCUGUAGGAUGCUGUCAUGGGUGAAGGAUAUUGUAGGAUGGAGGCAAUGAUAAUGAAUAAUAUCUUUUUGCCUCCUUUGCCUACACGAGUCCUUUUGCCGAUGGUCAAGUGUCCUGUAGGAUGCUGUCAUGUGUGAAUGAUAUUUUUGUAGAAUGGAGGCAAGGAUAAAGGUGCAGGGCAGGACGCAGAUACACUUAUUAAUGGACCUUGUUAGGUGUAACAAACAACAAAAUUGGCAACACUACACCUUUCUAAGUAUGAAGGUGGUGUGUGAGUGAGCCAGGUACUGCAUACACCUACUUACACACUUAUAAAACAAGGAAUUAUGUAUUUAAGUGUUGGUAAAGAAAAUAUAUAUAUAAAAAUAUACAUGUAACUUGCAUACAUUCAAGAUAUUCAUUCAUACAUAUUCAUGAUGCACUUUAAGAGGAGAAGAGAGGAGAGAAAUGCAUUUACUCAUUAUCGUAUCACUUCCAUAAAUGUCAUGUUACCUGCUAUUAUUGUUCCUUCUUACCUGUGAAGAAUCACCCACCUUUUCCCUUACCACACACGCCCCUUCCUGUUACUCCUUUCAUAUCCUUCCUUUAACAGUGAUCUCAUCAUUUAUUUUGCUUUGUAUUUCACUUUUAUCAUCUUGUCCAUCAUUAUUAUUGUUUAUUCUUACCUCCGUGGUGCAGUGGUUAGCGUACCUAGCUAUGAAUCCAUGGGCAUGGGUUUGAAUCGCAGCCUGGUCAGUCGGUGUUCAGCUCACCCAGCUGUUCACUCUCCCUUUCGGGCUUGUCGAUAAUUUUGUACCUGGGGAAACCUGGCGAAGGUAAACUGGUAGCUCAAAUGUCACAUUGGCCCUGUGUCCCGGGGUAAUGAGUUCUUACCCACCACAAGCUCCAGGGCCAGUGCAACGGAGAUUAGCACCGUGACCACUCGCAGCUAUAACGUAUGCCCCCAACUUUAUGUUUACCUUCACCCUCUAUGAGUUAUAUGAAUAAUCUCUUAAUAACUCCUGUUUUCCUUUUUAGUACCCCAUCACCACACCUUCUGUUACCUGAUCUCUCCCUUUUUAUUCUCUUUAGUUACUGCCUUCACCCUCCGGAUGUUAUAUCAGUUAUGUCUCACUCAUCACUCUUAUAUUUUAUUUCCAAAACCCAGGCAACCCCACACUUACAUCUCCUUCCCUUCCUUUACUCCAUAAUCACCUCCCCCUUCACACACACUGCCCCUUCCCCUCCCAUGUCAUGUCUCCAUCUGUCACCCCAUUCAUUGCUAAGGUUCAUAUUAGUCAUGUACAUAGGUAAAGAUAAUCCAUGAUGCCUUGUAGCUAUCCAAGAGUCACCCAGUUAUAUACAGUGUUCAGAUUAACUUGGCAGAUAAGCUCCUCCCCUUUCCUCCUUUGUGCUUAUCAUUGGCUAGUCCACAAGCAAGCCACGCCCCCUAUCCAACCUCAUGCUGGAUGUGAUUGGUGGAUGCUGGGAAAGGGUAAAUCGUACUGAUGGUCCUUGGGCUGGUGUGAGUGGGGCGUAUUUGCCAAGUUAAUUUGAAUGGGAUACAUAUAGAGCUAUUUAACUGUGCUGUGUGAAAAUUUUAUGCCGUUGUCUCAAACCUUAUGAAGUUUUUGCCAUUGAUUGAUCUUUUCGUCCAUGUUUAAAACACACGCAGUGAUAUAAAAACGUUUGUUGUGUUUGGUGUUUGAUUCGAGAGUGUACAAGAGUGCUACAUCCCUGGUGACUUAGUUGUUUGCUGUGAAAAUUUAUAGAGAGAGAAAGCAAAAGGAAGUGUGAGUGAAAGGGAGGAUGUCUGCUAAAAGAGUUCAUAUAUUGUACCUAAUAAUACAGCUUCUGUCUAGUUUCCUACAGUCCAUUAACACAAGGCUUUUACCGCGCCAAGUAUUGUGUAUCAGGUUGAGAAAGCUUUACGCUCAGUGUCUUUUAGUAUAACAUGAAACAAUUUACAAUAAUAUUUUAGUACUAUGAAAGUUUAAAAAUGGCUUACAAUCACAGUUUAUAGUGAACAUACAUAAAGCAUAGUGGGGUAUAUUAUAUAUUAUUCAUAAGCACCAUUGCAAUUGGGUCUCAUACCAGGAAAAAAACUAGUGUGGAAAACUAAGGCGAGGUGCAGCACCAAACCAUUGUUGAAGUAUUGGCUCAUAAACUUUAUUUUGAAAAUUUAGUAAAAGUCCUUUCAUACAAAUAGCUGUGGACCUGUUCCCGGUCAGCUUAGCAAAUUUUUCACAACAUUAGGCGACACACAAAUUAUUGCAAAUGUACACCUGCAUGUUGAGUAAUAUCACACAUUAAUGUGAUCAGUUUGUUCAGUCAUCUUAAAAGCAUAGAACUGCUUUGUUACGUUUUGAUUGCUGUGCUGAUCCAGUGAAGUGUAAUCCAUUGCAUGAUAUAUAAUCCCAGAGGUGCAAAUCCACAGGGAAAAUAAAUUGCUCCACUUUCUACUUGCCUGACUACUUGUAAUCAUAUAUAACUCGUCUUGCAUUGACAUCAAUACAUUUUUUCCAAUCACUCUUUUUGCCUGGUAUUGUUGAUAUUUUUGGUGGCAUAUUGGUAUCAGUGUGUAGCCAUCACCCUUACAUUAGGAAAACCUGCACCACCAUCAACAGAAGAGAACAAGUGACAAGGGCUCGGGCUGUGUAGGGGUGGAGGGGAGAGGAGCCCAGAACAGUCACCCUCCCUUGCAUUCUUGUAGCAGGUAAUUAUUUUCCAAAAAUGAAUGGCUGCUGCACAAUACAUUAAGAAACAAAACAGGAAAUGUAAAUUUUAAUGUUUCUGAAGACUCCAAAGUCCUUGUUAAUAUUCCUAAUUUUUACCACAUACAUACAAGUUUUUUCCUGAGAUGAGUGUUAACUGCAGUGGUGUUUAUGAGAUGGCAAAUAUAUCACAGUGGCAGUGUUUUAGUAUAUAUCGCUACCAGUUUAAAUACAGCUCUACGUCAGCCACACUCACCCCGCACCCACAGCCCAGCACACACACCUGCCUCACUGUUGCCUAUACAUAGCGUGUGUGUUAUACAUUGUCUCCCAUGCUGUGUGGGGUGUGCAGGGAAUGGUGAGAGAUUGCAGGGUAUGUUGGCCAAAGCAUAGGAGUAUAUGGGAACAAUUCAGAUGAUUGAGAAUUAAUAAGAGAGAGAAAAUAUUACUUAGGAAAAUAACCGUCUCUGCAUUUAUCAUCCAAAGUUAAAUGUGAUUACUGUUUUGUAUGAGUCUCCUCCACGGUGGUCUGUUUUGUGUUAUUUUUUCAUGUUUUCGUCUAAUGUCUUUCGUUACACAAUCCAUCCACCUCUUCCUCAGUCUCCCUCUCUCCCAUCUACCUCGUACUUCCAUUCUCAUAACUUGUCUUUGUAUGUUUUUCUCUGUUCAUAGAUCGUUUUUUAUGUCAUGGUUUCCUUUAUAUUAUCCAUCUACCUUUUCCUUGAUCUCCCUCACUCCCUCUCUCCCUUUUGUCCUGUGCUUCCCUUCCCAUCACUUGUCUCUCUUCCUUUCUCUUUGCACUUCCCUUCCCAUCACUUGUCUCUCUUCCUUUCUCUUUGCACUUCCCUUCCCAUUGCUUGUCUCCCUCUCUCCCUUCCACCCUGUACUCCCUUCCCAUCACUGAUCCCCUUCUCUCCCUUCACCCUUCCCUUCCCUCCUCAUUCCGUCUCUCCCUUUCUCCCUUCGCCCUGUACGUACUUCCAUUCUCCUUUCUCAUCUUUUUACAUAGUUCACUCCUCUCCUCACCUGUCCACAUCAGCCCACCCUCAGUCUUAGCCUCGUAGAAUAAUAAUAAUGAUUGUAAUGUAAGAUAAUGCUCAUUUUAUUUUUAUUUAAAGCUACAUUAAUCUUUACAUCACAAACAGAGGAUGACUUUCUUUAUUUUCCUGGGUGACUCAGCUUCCACGCCUCACCGGCCUUGCCUCACGUAACUCCUCACUCCCCUUUUUGUCACUCACUCAUGCCUCAUUUCCAUGUAUUUCUUGGUUUGUUGUACAGUGUAUGGUAACGUCUUAGCAUUUUCAGCCUCCUUUUCCAUUCUCUGCUCCUGUCUCCUCCUACUCUGGUUUGUUUUUUCAUAUUUCUUGCUUGAUAGUGAUUUUUUUUUGUGUUUGUUUAUUUUUGCCCUUGAGCUGCUUCCUUCACUGUAAAAACAACAACAGUGAUUUCUAAAUGUCCGAUCAUGCAUCUCAUUCUCCUUGCCUCUUUUUUUGUAAGUCUGUGUCUGUUUUGUAUCCUGUUACACAUUUUUUACUGUUUUGAUCUGCUUUCUUUCAUUAUUUGUAACUCAAUCUAUGCUUUCUUUCCUUCUAAGCAUUCCAUCAAUUUUUUUUUUGUCUUGCUCAAUUUACUUAUUCCAUUUCUUGCUAUCAUUUGUAACUCAAUCUAUGCUUUCUUUCCUUCUAAGCAUUCCAUCAACUUUUUUUUUGUCUUGCUCGAUUUGCUUAUUCCAUUCCUUGCUACCAUUUUUUGAUAUAUAUAACUGUGUCUAUUUCCUCUUUUUCCUUCUACACAAUUUCAUCACAUUAUCUUUUCUUGUAAUAUCUAGUUGAGUUUGAUCAUUCAUUCAUGUCUAUCACAUUUAAUAUAGCUUUUUAAUCAUUGCCUUUCUCAGCAUUCACAUAUUUUCCCUUUUUCUCGUAAUGUAUCGCUCGCUCUGACCUUUCAUUGCCUCUGCAUCAUUCUGAAUAUCUAAUGCUCAGUCAUUCGUCUUUUUCUUCGUUUUGUUUAAUGUCCUUUUUUUUCUCUUAUGGGGCUUAGUCAUUAUUUCCCCUUUCCACAUCAUUCCCUCACUUUACCCUUGUCAUCUAACACGCAUCUCAGUUUACUUGUUUAUUCUCAGUCCAGUUUAAGCUUAUGUCUGUAUUUCCUUUCUCUCAACACUUUUAUUUCCCUGCUUUCAUUGUACUUCAACUCUGUAUUUCCUUUCUCUCAGCACUUUAUAUAUAUCUACUUUCAUUAUGCAUUAACUUUCUAUUUCUUGUUUUCCUUGCGCUGUACUCCACCAUUUUUUGUAACAUCAUAGUUGAGUGUAUUUUCCUUUUUUUCUACCAUAGUAUUCUACCUUUUUCAAUAUCUAUAAUUCAUUCUAUUUUCUCAUUAACUUCACUUUCACUCACACACGUACUCUCUCUCACUUUUCCAUUCCAUUCUCUCCCUUUUCUAAUCCCUCCAUCUCUUUCCCCUUCUCUUGCCUUCUACAUACAGAUGCCAUUCCUCCCUUCCCUUCAGUUUCCCUCCCUCUACUCCCUCUUAUACUUCUUCUUUCCUCCCUUUCUGUACAGCUCCUUCCACUCCUUCACUCGCUUUGCACUGGUCAUUCCAUACUUUUACUUGUCUUCUCUCCCCUCUAUUGUUACUCAGGCAGCUUACUGAAAUCAUUGCCGUAACCAGAUGCAUAGUUUUAAGAUAUUCCUUUUGUGCAUUAACGUCUCAGCCAAGUCUUGCAUUUAAAGCAGAGGAGAGAGAAAUGUAAAUAGUCUCGUGUAAUGUUUCUCAGGUUGAACGCAAGACCUGAUCAGUGUAUUAUUUGCCUAAGAUACGACAGACAGGUAUUCCUCAUGCAUUUACUACUAUUUUGUACUCUGUGUUUACUUUUAUGAAUGCCGUUUUUCUGUGUUUAAUUUUUUUCACUGGAGAUUAUUGUAACUUCAUCGUAGCUCAGCGGUUGUCUGGAUUGAGGUGAUUAAAUGAUUUUCCUUAGCUGUCCGGUGUAUGUCCGCCACCACAAACUUGCCAGAGCGUGUGUGUGUGAGAGAGAAUGUGUGUGUGUGUGUGUGUGUGUGUGUGUGCAUGAAGCAGUGUGCUGUAGAACAUUCACUCUGCCUGUACUUGAGUGAAUAGAUCUGUGUACAUACCAGAGAAGGAAUGAUAAAACAAAUCGGUCAUCACUGUUUCGUGACCUGAUGUUUUUUUCUCUGACAAUUGAUGAACUAGAUGAAAUACUUCUAUUCAUUAAAACUAAUAAAUAAAUAAUACAAGUCUAUAUUCUGAUUUGACUUUAAAUAACUAGUAAUAAAAGUCUUGAACACUGUAUAAAAGACAAAUUCGACAAUACAGUAGAGAGAAAAAACCUGUACAGCAUUUUCAUGACGUAGUGAAAGUAGCAAAACAGAUCAUGUUGGAAUGUGUGAUUAUGACGGUAAGAGAGGGAGCUUACCUUACCUCACCUUGGACCCCCAGGAAAGGAAAAGACUUAGAGGGGGAAGGGUCAUCUAAUAUCUUUUAAUUCUUAGGAUAGAUAUUCUUAUUAAGAUUAGAAGCAAUAUUUUUUUAGGGGUAGAAGUAAUAAUAUUUUUACCCCCUGGAAAGAGUGAAUAAGAGUGUGAUUUUUAGAGGGGGAGAAGUCACCUGCCAUUACCUUUUAGUCCCCUGGAGAGAAAAUAUAAAACACAAAGACAUUAUUUUGGAGGGGAAGGAAUGAUUCAUCACCUUUUGCCCUCGGGGAAAAAGACUCGGGCCUGUACCUACAAAGUUUCCCAGGAAGUGCAUUGGAAUCCUGCUCAGCUGGGAUAGACUCAUAGGAUCUCUUUAUUUUCCGAGGCAGAAACUCUUUAUUUUGUUUAAGGCAGAGCAGUUAGAUUUAGCAUUUGUGAUAAUAAAAAAUAUUGCAAUUCUAUCAAAGGAUGACAAAAUCUGUUGUUAAAAGUGCGUGGUUGGCGUCAAGGCUGUGUUUUGUCAGUGUUCUGCCGCCAGUGUCAAGACACUUCUGUAAUUUUUUUAAACUUCCCACCUUGGCCGUUGUACUUUUCAACUUUUUAGGGGCAGUGCUUCAGUGGUUUUUCUUUUUCAUAUUUGUUUUUUGCCUGCUGUAUCUGUGGGCUUUUUCUUUUUAUUUAUUUUUUCCUUUGGCUGUCUCCUCUGCGGUAAAAAUAUUAAAGCACUUAGGAUGAGAUACACCACAUCCCAAACAUGCAUGAGUCAAAGCCACAAUCCUAAGUAUUCCCCAAUAAACCCUUACCAUUUUCCAGUCCUGAGGAAUUUUCUGCUCUGGGGAAGUUUAUAAAUACAGGCCCAGGUAUUGGCAGGUGUUGUGUUGGGAAGUACAGGUUGUUGUCAGACUUGAGAAUAUAUUUUAAAAAGCAUAGAACGUGGAGGAUGUUUUAAGCAGCCCCCACAGUUGUAUGAUAUGUGCUAUGUUAUGUUAGAAAUUAGGGGUUGUUAGGGAAGUGAGGGUGGCUCAUAGCUAAAACUAAGUAUUAUUAAGAAAGAAAACGAGAAGCGAAAGUAUGUUUGGAUUUAAGUGAUUAUAGGCGGGGAUACUUUUGCUUCUUGUUUUCUUAGUUUCUCAUUUUCUUUCUUAAUAAUACUUAGUUUUAGCUAUGAACCACCCUCACUUCUUUAACAACCCUUAAUUCCUAACAGUUAUUGCUACUGUAUUUAUAAAUAUGCUCAAAUAGACAGUAUGGCUGAGAGGAGGAGAAAGUUUGCGAGAAGUAAGAUGAAAGUUAAAUUUCUUGUAUGUUUAAUUUCAUCACCAUUCUUCUCCCUUUUGCUCUUCCUUGCAUGUCCAGAAGAAGGGAAGGAAGAAGCCUAGGUUAAAGAGGUCAGUUAGCUUUUUUUGCAUUUCUUAUUCUAAUGUAAAAGCGAAUCGUUUCAGCCACUGAUAUGCACUGCUUCUGUGUGUAAGCUUGCUUCCGCUGCAGAGAAUGGCAUUGUGUAGAUUUAGUAUAAAGAGGCUGUGUUCUGAUUGGCAGAGUUGAGUCGGUUGGUGUGUUAUGUGAAGGAGUGUUGUGGGGAAAUCCGUCUAUGAACCUAGUAAAUGAAAUAAGGUACAAAGAAGUAGUCCAGCAAAUAGUAACCAUAAGUAACUACUCAACUCUCAAUGGUCUUAGUGACUUUGAAAAUGAAGUGAAUAUGACCAAAAAAUAAUGCAAUACAGACCUAAUGCAGGGAAUCCUGUUGUUGUUGAAAGUAUAUAAUGGAAGAAAAGAAGUCUAUGAUAUUGUCUCAAAAUGUUAAAGGAAAUGAAACAAAUUUGAAAAGUGGUGCUGCAGAGACUUUUCACAGCUUGCCUUGUUGGUUGAUUGAUUGAUUAAUUGUUGAUGACGUCUCCAAGCAGCAAGUCCCAAGGUUUUAGAAAUAGAUUACUCUGAUUGAAAACUGAAAAUAAAUGGAGCAAAAGCCAUUAGAUAUCCGUUGUAGCAAUGGUAACUGAUUAGAUUGUUGAAGAUAAAAUAGCUAAUUCCUACGAUGACUUAAGAAUAUAAUUGACAGAAGGAGAAAGGAGAAGUAAAAUAAAGCAAAGCAAUCACCCUAUGCCCCUGUCCACCCAGCAGUGAAUGGGUACCAGGUAUUAAUUGGGGGUUGUGUCUUGUCUCCUAUAAUUCCUUCCUCCUCCUGUCUCUCUCCGGCACAUGACCACAGAUGUUGCGCUGACUAAACGAAACUUUCCAACUUUCCAAUCAUAGAAAAGACUUGAUACUGUACAGACUCCAGCAGGUUGUAUUGUGGCCGGCAGCCUCAGCCAAUCAUUCCCCCGGCACCCACACAGCGAGGGAGAUGCAGCUUUCCGAGUCGUGUGACGGUUGAUGUGUACUAACAAUUAUACUUCUUUGUUGACACAUGUAUACAAGUGAUGGAUUAAAGGACUAUAUUUAAAUGAUUUCUACUGC